UUUGGGAUUACCGCGGUUGGGGUUGUGGAAGAGAAAAGAAGCGUGCCCCGUGGUGUGACCGAAGUUUGGCCCCAGACGAACUGGUGCUACAAUAUGAUGGUUCAGCAAAGGGCGAACGGAGGGCACCUGCUGGAUGGUAUGCCGCGGUACUCCUACUACGGACCGCCAUUACCGCAAAGGAGGGUGUUAGUGAGCAACGGGAUACCCCCAGCAGCGACCAUGGCGACGCUGUCCCUCAAGAUUAGUGUCCCCGAAAAUAAAGUGAUCAAGACAAUCCAGUUUGAUCCGAGCACGGUCGUCUACGAUGCCUGUCGUGUUAUCCGGGACAAGGUGCCAGAUCAGGGGCUGGGAGACAGUAAAGAGUACGGUCUUUUCUUGACCGAUGAUGAUCCCAAGAAGUCUGGUUGUUGGCUGGAAAAUGGGAAGUCCCUGGGAUACUACCUUCUUAAGUCCGGGGACACCUUGGAGUACCGCAAGAAGCUUCGACCACUAAGGGUGAAAAUGCUCGAUGGGUCGGUAAAGACCGUUUUGGUUGACGACAGUCAGCCCAUCGCCAACCUUAUGGUUGUCAUCUGCACAAAGAUUGGCAUCACAAACCACGAUGAGUUUUCACUGGUGCGAGACCUUCCUGAGGAGAAUGUAGAACCCAACACUGGGACACUAACUCUACGUAGGGAAAAGAAAGACAAAGAUCGAGACCAAAAGAUGGAACAGCUGAAGAAAAAGCUGAAGACGGACGACGACAUGAACUGGGUGGACCACUCCAAGACUCUGCGCGAACUAGGAAUCGAUGAAGACGAAAUGCUGACGCUGCGACGAAAGUACUUUUUCUCUGACUCCAAUGUGGAUUCGAGGGACCCCGUCCAACUUAACCUCCUCUACGUUCAGGCACGUGAUGCCAUAUUGAACACAACACAUCCUGUGACCGUGGAUGAAGCUUGCAAGUUUGCUGGGCUUCAGUGCCAGAUCCAAUUUGGGGAUCACAAUGAAACAAAGCACAAGCCGGGGUUUCUAGAUUUAAAGGAAUUUCUGCCCAAGGAGUUUUGCAAGAUCAAAGGCAUUGAGAAGAAAGUGUUUGCUGAACACAGAAAGCACAUAGGAACAUCUGAACUGGACGCUAAAGUGAAAUACGUGGCCCAGGCGCGAUCCCUGAAGACUUACGGAGUGACCUUCUUCCUUGUUAAGGAAAAAAUGAAGGGCAAAAAUAAGUUAGUGCCCCGUCUCCUCGGAGUUACCAAGGACAGCGUCAUGAGGCUGGACGAAAGGACGAAGGAGGUGAUUAAAGUGUGGCCUCUGACCACAGUGAGAAGGUGGGCUGCGUCACCAAACAGUUUCACUCUGGACUUUGGUGACUACUCUGAAUCCUACUACUCAGUGCAGACAACAGAAGGAGAGCAGAUUUCACAGCUCAUCGCCGGCUACAUCGAUAUCAUCCUCAAGAAGAAAAAGGCAAAGGACCACUUUGGCAUUGAUGGCGAUGAAGGCUCCACUAUGGUUGAGGACAGUGUGUCUCCUGCCAAGGCAACCAUAUGGCAGCAUACUCCUGCAGCAAAGCCUUCACUGCCAAACACAGAAUCAGUGGCACUCCCUGCAGUCAUACGUCCAGGCGCUACCGGCCCACAAGUAGGCCUGCCUGGACACAUGCCAGCACCGCACCAACAGGCUGAGAUGGGGAUCGCUGUCAACACACACACGGCCUCAAAGCCUCCACAGAAGCCCCGGGUGCAGAGCUUGUCAUCCGAUCCGCAACGCGCCCUCGUGAGCAGCAUCGACGCCGGACGCAAUGCAAUUGACAUAUCACUGAGAGAGCUUCAGGUUCCCGAACAGCGUCCUCAGCUGGGCACGGACCCAGCGUCUCUGCAAUGGAAGCAGAACAACCUGGACACCCGCAAGCAGAACCUCACUUCCCAAUUGGCCGCGAUGAAUGCUGCCACUGCACAGGUGGUCAGCCUGACCGCAGGUCCUCCUGAAGAUGUUGACAGCCCAGCCGUUGGACAGGCCAUCAGCACGAUCACCACCAACCUGCCGGAAAUGUCGAAGGACGUGAAGAUGAUCGCCGCGCUCAUGGACGACGAAGAUGCGGGAGAUAAACUGAUGGAUGCUGCACGCAAGCUCUGCAAUGCCUUCUCGGACCUCCUGAAGGCAGCAGAACCGCAGAACCGGGCUAUAGAGCCACGGCAGAACUUCCUGAACGUGGCAAGCCGAGUUGGAGAUGCAAGCCGUGCUGUUCUCUACACCAUUGGUGAAGAAGAUGAAGUCGACAGUGAACUCCAGGAUCAACUUCUAAGCGCGGCCAAGCAAGUAGCCAAUGCAACGGCUGCACUGGUACUGGAGGCCAAGAAUGUGGCAUCAACCUGCGACGAGCAAGAUCAGCAAAACAAAGUGAUCGGUGCUGCCACCCAGGGGGCCUUGGCUACAUCUCAGCUGGUAGCUUGCGCGAAGAUCGUUGCGCCAACCAUCACCAACCACAGCUGCCAAGAGCAACUCACCGAGGCUGCUAAAGAAGUUGGAAAGAGUGUCAACAACAUCGUCUACACUUGCCAGGAGUCGACGGGCGACGACAGGCUAUUGGCCGACCUCCGGGGAGCUGCUGCGAGCGUGACCCAAGCCCUGAGCGAGCUGCUGCUUCUGAUCCGUACGGCACCAGAGAGGCGAGCCCGUGUCUCCCAGCACGACGAGCCCCUGGACACCAUCCUGGAUGCCACAGACCGUCUGGUUUCCAGCACGGGCGAUGCCCCCGAGAUGGUCCGCCAGGCCAAGGUGCUGGCCAACGCUACGGCGCAGCUCAUUCAAGCCAUCAAGGGUGAAGCCCAGCAGCAGCCCGACUCGGAUGUCCAGAAGAGGCUCUUGGCAGCUGCGAAGGUGCUGGCAGAUGCCACCGCGCGCAUGAUCGAAGCAGCAAAGGGAUGUGCCAAGAACCCGCACGACUCGGAGACCCAAGCAGCACUGCGCAAAGCUGCAGAAGACCUGCGCAGUGCUACUAACGUUGCUGCAAGCAAUGCUCUCAAGAGGAAGCUCGUGCUUCGUCUUGAGAACGCAGCACGACACGCAGCUGCUGCAGCAACGCAGAAUAUUGCAGCUGCCCAGGGUGUAGCUGCAUACAACGAAAAUCCUCAGCUGCAGGACGAACUCACGGAGAGCUGUCGGGAUGUGGCUGGCGUGAUCCCACGAGUCGUACAGGGCAUUAAGGGCACUGUGGCAGAGCCAGACAGCGCUGCCAACCAACUUAGGCUCAUCUCUUCCUGUGAGGACAUGAUUGUGCCUACCUCGAAGCUGGUGACUGCAUCCAAGGCGUGUGUUCCAACUGUCUCUGACCCAGCGCACUCCACACAGCUGAACAACGCGCAAAAACAGACCGCCGCUGCACUCACGGACCUCCGCAGUGCACUGGGCAAGGCUCAGGAAGCAUGUGGAAGAAAACAUGAGGAGAUUGAUGCUGCUUUGGACCUGAUCAAGGAGCUAGACAAGGAACUGGAAGAGUUCCGUAAGGCUGCCCUUGCUCUGGAGCUCCGACCACUCCCUGGUGAAAAUAGUGACCUGUGUGCCCUGAAGUUGGGAGCCACUUCCAAGAUCGUGGGAUCAUCCAUGGCUCAACUCCUUACAGCUUCUUCCCAGGGUAAUGAAAGCUACACGGGCAUAGCUGCACGCGACACAGCCAAUGCUCUCAAGGACUUGACAAGUGCAGUUCGUGGUGUCGCUGCUACCACUGAUGACCGUGAUGUGCAGACGAGAAUAAUUGGUCACGCUCGAGAGGUGCUGGACCGGUCGGGCCACCUGCUCGAGGAAUCUCGGCACGCCGUGCUUAACCCGAGCGACCCCGGCAACCAGCAGCGGCUCACCCAGGUGGCCAAGUCCGUGUCUACGGCUCUCAACAACUGCAUCAGCUGCCUGCCCGGUCAGAAGGACGUGGACGACACAAUACGCUCCAUCACGGAAAGUACGCAGGCUCUCAACAACCAGGACUUCCCAGUGAGUAACAAGUCCUACGGCGAACUGCAAUCGCACCUCAACGAGGCUGCCGCGAACCUCAACGAGGCAACGAGCCACGUCGUCCAGUCUUCGAGGGGCAACCACGUGCAGCUCGCGUCUUCGGUGAAGCGUUUCGGCAACGCCUUCGGCGACCUGCUGGGAUGCGGCAUGGAAAUGGCGGGCCAGACCAAGGACCAAGAGGUGCGCGGUCAGAUGGUGGUCAGCAUGAAGAACGUGUCCAUGGUGUCCAGCAAGUUGCUGGUGACCGCCAAGUCUGUGGCCGCCGACCCGAGCGCUCCGAACGCCAAGACUCAGCUGGCCGCCGCAGCGAGGGCCGUCACGGACAGCAUCAACCACCUCGUGGACGUCUGCACGUCCGCGGCUCCGGGACAGAAGGAAUGCGACAGCGCCGUGAGAGCCAUACAAAUGAUGCGGCCUCUGCUUGACCAGCCAAAUGAACCGAUCAACGACCUUACGUACUUCGACUGCCUGGAUGCCGUGGUGGACAAAUCUCGUGUCUUGGGUGAUGCCAUGACGGGCAUAGGAAAUCAUGCGAAACGGAGCGAACAUGAACGCUUUGGUGAUUCUGUCAAGGAAGUUUCCGGCGCCAUCUGUGGCUUGGUGGAGGCCUCAGCACAGGCUGCAUACCUUGUGGGAGCUUCGGACCCAACUAGUGUUGUGGGUAAGCAAGGUCUCGUGGACCUAGCUCAUUUUGCACGAGCCAGCCAAGCCAUCCAGAUGGCUUGUCAGCAACUCUCCAACCCAGCCUCUUCACAGCAACAGAUUCUCUCCGCGGCUACAGUAAUAGCCAAGCACACGUCCUCGCUGUGCAAUGCUUGUCGGGUGGCUUCUUCGAAGACGACAAACCCUGUGGCCAAACGCCACUUUGUACAGUCCGCCAAGGACGUAGCGAGUGCAACGGCCAGUCUGGUGAAAGAGAUUAAGGUGCUGGACCAGGAUCCGAGCGACUCUAACCGACACAAGUGCAGCGAGGCAACUCGACCACUCGUGGAAGCUGUCGAGAGCCUCACCACGUUUGCAAGUUCCCCAGAGUUUGCUGGCAUUCCCGCACGCAUCAGCUCUAAGGCCAGGGCUUCCCAGGAACCGAUCACAUCUGCUGGUAAAAGCGUGAUCGAUGGGUCUUGCAACAUGAUAAUGUCGGCCAAGUCGUUAGCCCUGAAUCCCAAGGACCCACCCACAUGGCAGAGUCUGUCCAACCACAGCAAGGGCGUCUCCGAUGGUAUAAAACGCCUGGUGUCCGCAAUCAGAGACCGCGCACCUGGCCAAAAGGAGUGCGACGAAGCCAUAGACAAGUUGAAUGCCUGUAUCCGCGAGCUAGACCAGGCCUCUCUCAACAUCCUCAGCCAGAAUGUGCUUCCACAUGCGGAUAGUACUCUCAAGGCCUACCAAGAACAGAUGGAGAACAGUGCUACGGCCAUCUUGGAAAACAUAGAGCCUUUCAGACAAGCCGCAAAGGGCGAAGCCGAAAAACUGGGACAUUCGGUCAGCCAAACAGUGGGCUACUUAGGACCUCUUGUUCAAAAUGCCAUCAUUGGAGCCUCGCACACACUCAAUUCUAAGCAACAGAUGGCGCUGCUCGACCAAACAAAGUCUGUCGCUGAGAGCACCCUGCAGCUUGUUUACGCUGCCAAGGAAUCUGGAGGCAAUCCCAAGGCCGUACACGCGCACGGGGAUGUUGAUGAGACCGCAGACACCACCCGCGUCGCACUGCAGGAUCUCUUGCGCACUCUCGAGACAGCCGCCACCGAGGCUGGAGUCGUCACCGGUUUGGUUGAGUCCGUCAGCAAGGCAAUGACCCGUCUGGACGAACGCACCGUCACCACGACCAUCAUCACGGAACAGUCUUUUGUCGACUACCAGACCCGCAUGGUGAACUCGGCCAAGGAAGUUGCACGUGUGGCCCAGGACAUGGUGGCACGUUCGGGGCACGAACCGCAGCGGCUUACCCCGCUGGCUGCGGACCUGUCCCACCACUACGGGGCGCUAGCCGCUGAUGCUCGGGGUGCCGUGGCUGCUACGGCUAAUCCAGAUGUAUCUGCACGCAUCCGUAAUGGAGUGCACGAGCUGGGCCGUGCGUGCAUCGAACUGACCAAGUCAGCAGGAUCUUGCCAGAGCAACCCUGGGGACAUGUAUGCACAGAGGGAGGUCGCCGAUAAUGCCAGGGUGGUUUCUGAAAAGGUGUCUCAUAUCCUGGCAGCCCUUCAGGCCGGAUCUCGAGGCACCCAAGCGUGUAUCAACGCAGCUUCAACCGUGAGCGGCAUCAUCGGGGACCUGGACACCACCAUCAUGUUCGCUACGGCCGGGACACUGCAUUCGGAGAACGACGAAAAGUUUACCGAUCAUAGAGAGAACAUACUGAAGACCGCCAAGGCGCUGGUAGAAGACACCAAGACCCUGGUGGCCGGAGCCGCGUCGAGCCAGGAGCAGCUCGCCGUGGCCGCUCAGAAUGCCGUCACAACGAUCCUGCAGCUCUCCGAAGUCGUCAAGCGUGGCGCCGCCUCCCUGGGGGUCCACAACCCCGAGGCGCAGGUGCUGCUCAUCAAUGCGGUGAAAGACGUCGCCUCGGCCCUCGGAGACCUGAUCCACGCCACCAAGGCCGCCUCUGGCAAGAACGUUAACGACCCUGCCAUGGUCUACCUUAAGGAAUCUGCAAAGGUGAUGGUGACCAACGUGACAUCGUUGCUGAAGACAGUAAGAGCCGUAGAGGACGAACACGCCCGCGGAACACGAGCGCUUGAGUCGACGAUAGAGGCGAUCUUCCAAGAAGUUCGGGCGUUUGAGUCGAGCGACCCGCCGAUGCGGAAGGUGACCGCGGAAGACUUGGUACGCGUGACGAAACCUGUCACGCUAGCCACCGCGAAGGCAGUUGCCGCCGGCAACAGUGUCAAGCAGGACGACAUAACUGUGGCUGCCAACAUGGGAAGGAAAGCCAUGUUUGACCUCCUCACCACUUCCAAGGCAGCGUCAUACCUGGCAGAGACCAAUGAACUGAAGGUGCGAGUGACCUCUUCCAGCCGAGACUGUGCUGUUCGCUACAGAGAGUUACUGCAGAUGGUGCUUCAGGUCGUCCAGAAGCCGACCCAGGAGGGCAAGCAGUCGCUGGUGACGUGCUCGCGGAACAUAGCAACGGCCGUGACUGACAUCGUGUCCGCUGCUGAGGCCCUCAAGGGCGGUGACUGGGCAGAUCCUGACGACCCCACAGUAAUUGCGGAGACCGAACUCCUCGGUGCGGCCUCUUCCAUUGAGGCAGCUGCACGCAAGUUAGCCAAUCUUCAACCUCGACGAGUUAGCAUUAAGGAAGCAGACGAGAACCUCAACUUUGACGAAAUGAUUUUGGAAGCUGCCAAGUCCAUUACCGCGGCGACAUCUGCUUUGGUGCGCGCAGCUUCGGCCGCGCAGAGGGAGCUUGUCGCUGAAGGAAAGCUUGGAGCACGUCCCCUGUACAGGUCGGAUGAUGGCCAGUGGUCUGAAGGACUCAUUUCAGCGGCACGGCUGGUUGCCGCUGCAACGCACAGCCUCGUGGAGGCAGCCAACUGGCUGGUGCAGGGCCAGGCUUCCGAAGAGAAGCUAAUCUCUUCAGCGAAGCAGGUUGCCAGCUCAACAGCCCAACUGCUCGUGGCCUGCAAGGUGAAGGCCGAUCCCGACUCAAAGUCGAUGCAGCGCCUGCAAGCAGCGGGCAACGCAGUGAAACAGGCGACGGACCACCUCGUCCGCUCGGCUCAACAGUCCAUAGAGCACGAGGAGGAGUUCCGGCUCGUGAUCAACCGCCGCAUGGUCGGCGGAAUCGCGCAAGAGAUCAUCGCUCGCGAAGAGAUACUCCGGAAAGAGCGCGAGCUCGAGGAGGCCCGCGUCAAACUGGCCCAGUUGAGGCGCGCCAAGUACGGCAAUGCGGAGGAUGCGCCCUAUUGAGGCGGUGUCUUAACAGCGUUGAUGUCUUAACAGGAUUUGAGAGCGGCUUCGAAGCCAGAGUCACGAGCCGUCGGCUGAAUCGCUACCAUACAAUGUACAUACGUAAGAGUGCAGGUGCAAUGGAGUGAUGUGGUACGAUUUGAAAAAAAAAAAAAAAAAAUCAUCAUAUCAAAAUACUGUUUUUUUUUUCCCUAGAGCUUAUAAGACUAGAGCGUCACAAAUCGUGAGAUGUUCAUACACUGGGUAGAGCCGACUACAUUAGGCGCCACUACUUAAAGCAAGAAGUGAACACUUGGGGCGCUUUUCAAAUUUGUGUGCAGAAAUUAUUUAUGGGCGUAAUUUACGCGUCGCUUCGAUUUGAUGGUGCAUUUUUUGGUUGUCGCUCAGAUGAGCCACAUGCACCAUAAAAAUUUUUGAAACCAACAUGAGAAGUGGCACAGAAUGUUAUUCACACUCUCCCGUUUCUGAUUCGCUCAGAUGAGCGCAUGGACGAGCGAAACAGAGUGUGCAGCCUAGUGCUAUUUCCUUCCACUAGGCUAUUUGUUAAUUGUUACGGAGUGCUUUAACCCAGUUUCAGCCAAAACUGACAGCAACGAUAACGGAACAUUUUACGUACCUGCAGCAAAGUUGGACCUACGUGUCUACGUUGUCAUAGUACCAGGCCAGGAAGAAGUGCAGAGGCACGUUGUUGGAACCUUGUGUAGAGGGCUGUUGGUGCUGUUUUGACGUUGUUGCUUCCUGGACGAUUUACUGUAUUAACCGCUGCAGGAUGCAGGACGCUGCGGCAAAGAAGUGCCAAUGUUACGAGAAGGAAGGUCCAACGGUGACUGCAUUUACACGUCGAACGAAGCAGAUUUUUCGGUCUUUUUUUUUUUUUUAGUAGUGUUGCUGGGUGUCUAAUAUUUUAAACGUUUUUUAUACGCGUCAUUCCUAGCAAAACGCCAGCACUUUCUGGCAUUGUUAGGGUCCCGUUUUUUUAGCAUCUCACGCCUAACAGGAGAGAGAGAGAGAGAUUUGUUGCAUCAUCAGAGUUUGUAUAUGUCAGCAUCGUUCUGCAUGCAGCUGCUGAGAUCGACCAUUAUUUUGCUAACCCCUUUUUUUUAUGGAGGAAGCAUAGUGUAGUGAACAGUGUGCAGAGGUGUAGAAAGAGUUUUGCGCUAGCUUGCUACUCGGGCAAAGAAUAUUUGGUGAAAGUGCAAAGUCAAGUGCCUUAGGUUGUUUUCGUCUUGUUGAUCCUCGCCAUUUUCGUGCGUCAACAACAACUCGUUGACGCACUGGUGCUUCUGGAUGACGAUGUGCCCAAAUGAAAUAAAUAUCUGCCUUCCAAGCUUU